CUUUCCUCAAGAUCAAGAUGUCGAACCCUUCUUUGAGCAUGUGGCACAAGACCCCGCAGGAGUGGGCGGAGGAGACGCGCGACUUGCAGAUCUAUACGCGUGGUAUGGCGACGUUCCCGCUGUUGAAGACGGAGGCGUACUUGCGUACCAUCGUCGUGCACUUUUAUCUGGACCCGCAGCGGUACAAGCUCGGGCUCGAUCCGGACAUGGAGGCGCUCUUCGAGCUGGACGACGAUCAAUGCCUGGAUCUGACGAGGAUCGCGCAGAGGUGGGGGCUGGAGACGUGUGUGGCCAUCGACCCCCGUCGUUGGAUCUUCUUCGAGGGCGCUCGGGAGGACAAGCUCAGCGGCUUCGCCGUUCAGACCCUCUUCGACAAGGAUGGGGCGAUCACCGUCGUCGGUACGAUAUUUUGCCUUACUACUCCCCCUCCGUUUACUCUCUUACACCUACCCUCAGAGCGCCCGGCAUCUCCCCACGCCCUCGCCAUCCGCGCCCGUCGCCGCGCCGUCCUCGCUGUCUACAACCCCAUCGCCUCCGCCGUCAUCGCCAUCCUCACCUUCCUCGACGCCCUCACGAACACGCUGUACAGACCCAUCGAGUAUGCCCUCGCCCCUGUCGGCCGCGCGUACGACAGCUGGCACAAGUCGUACGAGGAGUGGUACGCGGAGGGGUUCGCGCCGGACUCGUGGGAGGAGGAGGGCCUGCAUGGGAUCAUUCGCCUGUGCAAGCGCAUCCUGUGGCUCUGCCUGUUUGCGUUCCUGGGAUGGGUGGCGUGGCAGCUGCGCCGGGAUGCGUAUUGCAACCGGACGUACAUGUGCGAUGCGAAGAUAUGGUAAAGGGCGCGUCGUCUUGCAUUGCUUUCGGACUCCAUCUUCAGCUUCGACUUCGCCCUCAGCAACAUCGACUUGGACUCCAACAACCAAUUGUACUUGUACCGUGUCUUAUCACGCUCUCUCAGCUAUGCCCUCUCCGUCCCCUCCUCUAUGCCCCUCUUCCUUACCUACUAUGCCUUUCAUUUUAUCAUCACAGACUUGGGACUUUGCACGGACUACUUCAUCCUAUGCCUUCCCGUUCUACUAUGUACAUACCUCUAUGCGCUCCUCUUUUCUCUGUACAUACUACAUAUGCACUCCUCUUCUAUCUGUACAUAUGCCCUAUGCCAUCUAUGCCUGCCCUUCUGUCGAAUAUCGAUAUUCGACGGUUGAGGCGACCCCAAUCGCGGUGUGAUGCUGGAGAUUCGAAAGCAUGACCGGCAGUGCGGGACGGACCAACGAUCUCUGAUCCGCAUCUCUGUUCUGGCCCUCACCAGGUUCAUCAUUCGUCUUCUUGCGGUGGCUCCCUGGGCCGUC